GGGGUGGGGUGGGGGCGCUUGGGGCUGAUGCGCUGCCGAGGACUGGUGGCGUAAGAGAGGGGUCACUGUCGGGCCUUGGGCCUGUGCGGCCAACUAACCCGGUUGACGGUUUGGGGGGACCGCAGGGAUCCCCAUUCGCCGCCACGUCCACUUCUGCACCUCCUCAGAGCAACCAGCAUCAUCCUCGGGGGAGCCUCUUCCCUCCCGUCCCCUCUUUUCCUUACUUCCUCCGGGCUGGGGUUGUCGGUCGGUGCCUCUCCUCGCGCGAGGUCCAGCCAUGUCGGGGCUGCUGGGGAAGUUGUUCGGGAUCGGCCCGGGGGAGAAAGGCGGCGGGAAGGGCCCUUCUCCCCAAGAGGCCAUCCAGAGGCUUAAAGAGACCGAGGACAUGCUGAGUAAAAAACAGGAGUUCCUGGAAGAGAAGAUCGAACAGGAGCUGUUGGCGGCCCGCAAACACGGCACCAAGAAUAAGCGCGCUGCACUCCAAGCUCUCAAACGAAAGAAGAGAUACGAAAAGCAACUUGCUCAAAUAGAUGGCACACUUUCCACAAUUGAGUUCCAGAGGGAAGCCUUGGAAAAUGCUAACACCAACACUGAAGUGCUCAAGAAUAUGGGCUUUGCUGCAAAAGCAAUGAAAGCUGCUCAUGAUAACAUGGAUAUUGACAAAGUAGAUGAACUCAUGCAAGAUAUUGCAGAACAGCAAGAGUUAGCUGAUGAAAUUUCAACCGCUAUCUCCAAGCCUGUAGGAAUUGGUGAAGAAUUUGAUGACGAUGAGCUGAUGGCUGAAUUAGAAGAAUUAGAGCAGGAAGAAUUGGAUAAAAAUCUGUUGGAAAUCAGUGGUCCAGAGAAUGUUCCACUACCCAAUGUGCCCUCUAUAGCUUUACCUUCAAAGCCUGCUAAGAAAAAAGAAGAGGAAGAGGAUGAUGACAUGAAAGAGCUUGAAGCCUGGGCUGAAAACAUGUAACUGUACUAGCAAUGAGCUGGAUAAAUAAUUGGGACUGAUCACCUGUUGCUGAAGGUGCACAUAUACUUGGGAGACUUCAUUAAGCGCAAAGUCUUUUAUUUCUUUAAGCCCCAAACUAGGAAUUACAUUCUACAGAGCAUGGUUUGAACAAAGUUAGCAAAAGUUUCUAAGGAGGGCAUCUGUAUUAUAGAAUAUUGAAUUCCUUUAAAUAAUAAAUGUUAUUGGCCAAACACUCCAAUAUUCAGCUUCUGGACUUAGCUAAUGCCAUUGCUGGAUCCUCAUCUUUCAGAAUUCUGACUAUGUUGAGACUUGGGAUGUGAAAGUGAUAACUUAAGUUGGAUGAAAUUUUUAGAAGUCUCGUAAAGCAUUACAAAAUGAAAACUCAUAAGCCAUUAUUGGCUUACUGUGUUUAGAUGUACAAUUGCAUUAGGCUUUUAGUACUUUAAAGUAUGUAUUUAUAUUGGCAACAUUGAAAUGCCUCUCAUCAUGACACUGAACUUGGUCACUUUCCCCAUUUUAAUUGGUGAAGUGAGUUUGGAAUGGUAAAUUAUUUUGUUAUGGAAAUAAAUUAAAUUCACACUACUGUUCUAGCUGUACAUUUUUCUAUAUAGCACUUGGAUGUUUGCUAUUUGUGACAACCGAUAGCCCAUGCAGAAACAAACAUACAUUUAUUUUAAAUAUGAAUGCACUGUAUUAAACUGAUUUUCAUACUGUCUGAAUGAUGUGUUUAUUUGUGUAUAUAUUACAAAAACUUGGAAAACGUUGGAUUUUCUUCCGUUUUAUUUCUUAGUUUUUCCUUAUCAUUCUCAAAAUAUCUGCUUUUGAGAUAGAAAUAUCGUACAGCUAUUCCAAGUAUCUUCCCACAAGCUUUUCUUUUCUUCGUUUUUUUAUUUUUCAGAGAGAAUAAUCUAGAAACAAAUAUAUUUCAGAAUUAAGCAGUAUUGCUGGAAAAGUUUUGAAAUUCACCUAUUCUGGAUGGUUUACUGUGUCUGAUUAUCUACCUUUUGAACUUUUUUUCCAUGUGAGGUUUCAUAACAAGGUCUAAGAGAAACUUGGUGUCAGAUCAAAAAACAAUUCCUUCAUAAUAAUAUAAUGAAAAAUUAUUUUUCAGUUUGUAUAUGCAUAUAUUUUACAGUUAUGUCAUUUUUUUAUAUGAAACUCAGUGGAUGUUCACACACAUUUCAUAAAUGCAUUUAGUCUUUACCAAAGUGCUACCAAAUCCCAAAGCAUUACGCUUUAUCCUAAUGCUGGCAAAUCGUGCCAGUUUCUUUGUUCUCGAGUACACCAGAACCUUAAUUGGAAAAAUUUAGCAAGCUAUAAUUGAAGUGAUAAUAUUCUGAUAGGUAGAAAUAAAGGCAACGUUCCUUUGUUUUUAUUGGAAGCAGUAUACAGUUUUUAAAAACCCUAAAACAGAUAAUUUCAUUCUUGGUAUCGCUUAAGGAAGUAUCUGCAUACAAUCCAUCUCACAAUUGCAUUUGAGUAUGGUUCUCCAUAUUCAUCUCAAUGGUACUUGCAUUGCAUCGUGAAGGCAAAACAAGUUACUAUGAUACUCUUGGGUUUCAAAGUAACUGAAAUUUUGUAUAGUUGUCAUUAUGUAUAGAGUCAUAAUGGCCUUGAGGGUGGCUGUAAUACAGUGCCAAGUUACCCAUUCUCAACCACUGAUUCUUUGAUUCAUUUUCUCUAAUGCAGUUACCGUAAUUCACUUUGUCAUUUAAGAUUUAUCACCUUAUUGCCGACCCUGAAUGAACAGUCCUACAGAGCUUGUGUGAGAUCUUUUUAUGAACUCCAGAUCUAUAAGAAUUCUAAUUGAUAAAAUGGUUUAUAUGUCUGGCUUCUAUGGAAUAAAGCAGAGAAUGACAUACAGAUCUAGCUUUUACAACUCUUCCCACAACCAUGUUUUUUCCUUCUGAUAAAGAUUCAGCUGGAUUUUUUUUUUAAUUAGAAAAGUAAUUAGAAAAUUUACAAAAACUAAGAUUUAAACUAAUGUAAAGGCUGUGUCACAGGCUCAUUUUUGUUCGGUAAACGGGGUGGAUUGGAUUUUACUAACACAAGAUACUUUAUUGCUGAGCAGUUACAAAAGUACUGUAAGAUUUGGUUCUCAACGAAAAUAAAGCCUUUAUUAAGUCUAUCAUA